CUGUCCUCUCGAGUACCAUCUUGUAGAUCAUGGUCUUUCAGCAAACUCAGAGAUCAUUUUGCAACUGCCAAAGGCAGGCCGUAUGCUACGGAAGCGGGCCCGGCCUCGUCCUCGAGUAGUUCCACCCUGAAGCCUCCACCACAACGGCCUAUCCAACCACAGCAUGCCUUUGCAUACAGAGAGAAGAUGUACAAGGCCCGGAACAGGAGUCUUCUCAUGUACACCUCCGCCGUGAUCAUUGCUGGCGUCGGCGUGACUUAUGCCGCCGUCCCACUCUAUCGUAUGUUCUGUGCUGCGACGGGCUUCGCCGGGACACCCAAGGUCGGCAUGGGCAAGUUCGAGGCAGAUAGGAUGGUUCCUGUAGAAGAAGCCAAGCGCAUUAAGGUGCACUUCAAUGCAGACAAGUCAGAUUCGCUCCCUUGGUCGUUUAUCCCUCAGCAAAAGUUCAUCAGCGUACUGCCCGGAGAGAGUAGUUUGGCAUUCUACAAAGCGAAGAAUACGUCCAACAAGGAUAUUAUUGGCAUUGCGACGUAUAAUGUUACGCCAGACAGGGUUGCCCCCUACUUUGCCAAGGUUGAAUGCUUCUGCUUCGAGGAGCAGAAGCUGCUCGCCGGCGAAGAAGUCGACAUGCCUCUAUUAUUUUUCAUCGACAAAGACAUCCUUGACGACCCUGCAUGUCGGAAUCUGGACGACGUUGUGCUUUCCUAUACGUUCUUCCGAGCGCGAAGGAAUGCUCAUGGACACCUUGAGCCUGACGCCCCAAACGAUGUCGUACAAGCCUCACUGGGCUUUGAUAAGUAUGAGAUGGCUCCAAAGGUUGAGGGCCGAAACAGGUCUACUGAGGAAGACAAAGCGUGAGGCAGCCGUCGUCUUCGGGACAGAGCUUGGUACGCUCGGCUGCCUAGCGUAUCCUUGGUCGAUAUUGCAGAGUCUCGCCUUGCUUUCUGUCGUCGUGCUAUCUACUCGCAUAUUAAUGUCACACUACACCACUCAGUCCACCAAGAUUACUACGAACAGCUAUUUUGUCUGACGAAAUGCCCUUCGAGAUCAAUUUAUGCAUAGCAUAUGCACAUCAUGGCGUUCCCUCUGCCACCAGCUUCUCUUUUUCUUUUGCAAGCACAGCAAGACACCCGCCCUCCAUAGCAGUCUCCCACAGUUCAACCUUCGCCCUCUUAAUCUCCUCUGCCAGCUGGGAUCGCAUGAGACGUGCACGCCUGAUGAUGUCUUCACGAUCCUUCACCUGGUUCACGCUCGUGCUCGGAGCUUUUGGGGGCACAACGACCGAAGGCGCGGCGAGGAAUGACGGGACGCGCGAGCGUUGUUGAGGAGGCAAAUAUGCUUCGAGAGUCUUGCGCAAAGGUUCGAGGGCGUCAAGCAUGGCGAAAGGUGGUGCCCACUGUGGUUGAGGCGGCGGCGGCGGCAUGAUAGGGAUGUCGAACUGUCGCACUUGCUGGUGCUCCGGGGAUUCAGACUCUCUGCUGGAGCCGCUGGUCGCAGGAUCCACGGUCAUAGGAGAGUCUUCGCCAUCCACGUCAAUAACCUCCCGCCUUUUGCCCUUGUCUUCUGAUGACUUCCCUACCUCUCCCAUCCCGUCUGCGCGUUUUGCGUUUUUGAUCAAC